AAAUUAACAGAGAGCAAAAAUGGAAAGUCGUUACCAUGUUCGAUCCAUUAGCUUGCCUUGCAGAUUACAUUCUUAUACUCUCGGAAUCGAUGAAGAGCUUAGCAAGCUAAAGUUUUCAGAGGCAUUAUCAGCAUCAUCAUACAGGGCAGACACAAUCCGUGCUGGUCUGUUUGGGCUUGGAGAGUUAUACGAAAAUGUAGACGAUCUCCUUCGUUUGCCGUUAACCCAACAAGCCCUCGUUCAGCAUCAGCAAGAGAAAUGGGUGGGCGAAGUGUUGGAUGGGUCUGUUCGAUUGUUGGACCUCUGUGGCACCACCAGAGAUCUCUUGUCAAAUAUGAAGGAACGUGUUCGUGACCUUCAAUCUGAUCUCCGUAGACGAAGAGGCAAAAACUCAAGCAUGGAAAGCAGUAUUGGUGCUUAUAUCUCAGCUAGAAAGAAGGCCAAGAAGGAAAUUUUGAAGGGACUUGAAGCACUGAAGCGAAUGGAAGGCAAACUUGGGUCUUCUCCUUUAAUGGGUCUAGAUCAAAAUCAAGCAGUUCUUGCUAGAUUGCUAAGAGAAGUAUGCUCUGUUACCAUUUCCAUCUUCAAGCUUCUAUUGUCAUUCGUUUCAGCUUCAGGAUCGAAAUCCAAGUCAUCCAGUGGUUGGUCAGUGGUUUCGAAAUUAAUGAUGAAAAAGGUGGCAGUGACAUGUGAAGAAGAGAAAGCUAAUGAGGUGGAGAGUGUCGAUGCUUCACUCAGACAUUUAUUCAAACAAAAUUCAAGCAAAGAUGUGGAUGUGGAGAGGGUGCAAAUUCAAGUGGCACAAAGAAGAUUAGAGGCCUUGGAAGUAGGCAUUGAGGGUCUUGAGGGUGGUUUGGAGUGCAUGUUUAGGCGCUUGAUCCAAACAAGAGUGUCUCUCCUUAACAUCCUAACACCAUAGAGAUCCUAUUAGCCAAUUUUUGUUUAAUACUUUCAAACCCACCCAUCCAGAGUCCCCCUUUUAAAGGAUCUGCUUAUGGGUUUUACUUUUAAAAACCUUCUUGUAUGUACUUCAAAUCAAACUGUAUAUAUGGUGCAGAA